UGUUAACCAUAGAAAUUAACAAUUGUGUUAAUCAAUUAAAAUGAAGUCCUUAAUUGUCCUCGUAGUUCUUGUUGGUUUGACUUAUGGAAAAAGUCAGCGUACCCUCGUUAAAAGUGGCCUCGACCCAAUGUCCGAUGAGAUGAUCGAUGCCGUCAACUCACUUGGAACUACAUGGAAAGCUGGCAGAAAUUUCCAAGAUCUUCCCUUGUCCCAUGUGAAAAAACUUCUUGGUGUUAAGAGAGAUGGAAAAUCAGACAUUAAAUUACCUCAAGUUCACCAUGAAAUCAACGGCGAUUUACCAGAAACUUUUGACGCUCGAACCGCUUGGCCAAAUUGUACCUCGAUUAGUUUCAUUCGGGAUCAAGGUUCUUGUGGAUCAUGUUGGGCUUUCGGUUCAGUUGAGGCCAUGUCAGAUCGACUUUGCAUAGGUUCAAAGGGAGUUCAAGCUGAUUUAUCCGCUGAAGAUAUUCUUGAUUGUUGUGGUUGGUCUUGUGGAAAUGGUUGCAAUGGAGGUUACCCUAAGGCCGCUUGGUCUUAUUAUGCUUCAUCCGGUGUUGUCUCUGGUGGAUUAUACCAAGGAACUGGUUGUCUACCCUAUUCAAUUGCUCCAUGUGAACACCAUGUCUCAGGUCCCCGACCCGCUUGUUCCGAACAAGAUACACCAAGAUGUUCAAGAAGCUGCGUCUCAGGUUACUCGAAAUCUUUCAAGGAAGACAAACAUUACGGUAAACGACCUUAUUCUGUAUCGGGAACCAAACAAAUCAUGAAGGAAAUUAUGACCAACGGUCCAGUUACCGCUGAUUUCGAUGUUUACGCAGAUUUCCCAACCUACAAAUCAGGUGUUUACCAACGAACCUCAUCUGACCUUCUUGGUGGACAUGCAAUCAGAAUCCUUGGUUGGGGUACUGAAGAUAAUGUAGAUUAUUGGUUGGUUGCUAACUCAUGGAAUACCGAUUGGGGAGACAAUGGUUACUUCAAGAUCAAACGAGGAAACAGUGAAUGUGUUGAAGAUGAUAUAGUCGCUGGUUUACCAAAACUCUAAAUAAUUUAAAUUCAAUUUGUAUUUUCGAUAAAAUUAACUAAUCAAUAAAUUUAGAAUAGAAAAAACAAGUAAACUUUGCAAUCUAAACAAAUUCUGAUCAA